CACUCACAGCCACAGUGAGGAUUGCUGCUUAGCUGGGUGUGACCCUAGAGACUUUCAAACAAAGAGCGUUACUUCGCCUCUGUGCGUGUGUGUGCGUAUACGCUGCUGUGUGCCAGGUGUGUAUGCGUGUGAGCUGCUUGAAGAGAUCAGCGUGAGCCGGCAGCCCAGAAGCAGACCCUUCUCUCUCCUGCAGGUGACAGAGGGAAAGGUGAGCGUGGAGCAGGGUGGGAGUUGCGUGGACCCUGGGAACUGCAGCAGUGAAGGCGGGUUCAGCCGGGUUUAAAGUCUCCUCUCUAUCUCACCUGAGCUCAGGAUGUUUCAGACGAUCAGCGAAUGCUUCUGGUGGGACCGGAUUUGGCUCCCCCCCAAUCUGACCUGGUCCGACCUAGAAGACGGACAUGGGCGGGUCUACGCCAAAGCAUCACACCUCUACGUCACCGUGCCAUACGCCAUGGCCUUUCUCAUAAUCAGAUACCUGUUUGAGAGGUUGAUUGCCACACCCCUGGCAGCCUGCUUUGGGAUCCGGGAAAGUGUUCGACACAGAGCUGCGGACAGCGUUAUCUUAGAGAGACACUACCUCUCUUUCUCCAAAACCCCCGCACAGUUGGAAAUUGACGGGCUGACAAAAAAAUGUGGCUGGUCCAGGAGACAGGUUGAGCGCUGGUUUCGCCAAAGACGGAAUCAGGACAGACCAGGAAUUCUGAAAAAGUUCAAGGAAGCCAGUUGGAGAUUCAUCUUCUAUCUGUUGGCGUGCAUUGGAGGGCUGAUAGCGUUGUAUGAUAAGCCAUGGUUUUACGACACUCGAGAAGUGUGGGUGGGGUUUCCAAAGCAGUCGAUGCUGGCCUCCCAGUACUGGUACUACAUCAUAGAGAUGAGCUUCUACUGGUCGCUGCUGUUCAGCGUUGCAUCUGAUGUCAAAAGAAAGGACUUUAAAGAACAGAUUAUCCACCAUUUGGCCACCUUGACUCUCCUGGCCUUCUCCUGGUGUGCUAACUACAUUCGCAUUGGGACCAUGGUGAUGCUGGUCCACGACAUCUCCGAUGUCUUGCUGGAGUCUGGAAAGUUAUUCAACUAUGCCAAGUGGGAGAGAACUUGUGACGUCAUCUUUGUCGUGUUUGCUCUGGUGUUCAUGGUUACCAGACUGAUCAUCUAUCCUUUCUGGCUGAUCCACUGCGCAUGGGUGUAUCCCCUCCUGGAUUUCCCUCCUUUCUUUGGAUACUACUUCUUCAACCUGAUGAUGAUGGUCCUGCAGCUCCUGCACCUGUUCUGGGCCUACCUGAUCCUGCGCAUGGUCAAAAAGUUCAUCUUUGGCAACAUGAAGGGUGAUGACAGAAGUGACCACGAGGAAGAGGAGGACGAGAUGAGCGUGGAGGAGGAAGAGGUUCAUCUGAAAGUGAGGAACGGCUCAGGAGCUGGAGGUGUUCACAGGGAUGACUGAUGCCCCCUGCAGACGGGGGGACUAACUGCACAAACCCACAGGCACACAUUACACAUGAAUUACACACACAACUCAUAACUAACACUAUGCUUCAACUCAAGAUGUGGAACUAAGAUAAAUUAUCUGAAAUGGUUUUCCUUGAACACACACACGCGCGUGCACACACACACAGACACACACAUGCACAAACACACACACAAAACACAAACAAAUUUUUGUCAGCUGGAAAAACCUGAUCUGCCAGUUCCAUAAUACUGAGGUCACCCUUUCCCUGGGCUGGUCUGUUUCCUGCUCUGGUAAACUCUCCACGUUUUCGGAAUUCAUCUUUCCACAAAACACUCUUAAAACAAGCCCUUGACCAUGAACACUUGACCUCACACACUGGGAUUCGAGAGUGUGGGGGAACUGAAGGGGACGUGGCCUGAGCUCCAGGAGGAGUUAGUGAGAAGGAGAGUGAGCGAUGGAUCCUCCCUGACGAACCGCUCCCAGCCUCCGUUCUACAGCAGGCUCCGGGCACGCUGCCACACAUCUCAGACCUCCUUAAGGACGGGAGAAACUCCGGCCCAGUGCAUCACAGAGCUUUACGCUGACUCAGCAUAAAGACUGCAGGUGGGACAGGAGUUAUACACAGAGCAGAAUCUUCAGCUGGAUUCCUUUGUGGAGACGUUUAAAUCAUUACAUCAGCACGUGGCCUUGGUCCAGACAUUGGGGGAAUCCUCAGGGUCUGAUCUUACGGGCUGAUGGCUGGCUGACAGCGUGAACUCAAUGUUUUACUUUACCAUGUUCUGGAAUGAGGAAGCAAUGUGUCUGGGUUGUUCAUGUUGAUAAAAUCAACACGUCUCCAGUAUUGACUGUCUUUAUAUCUGGUUGUUAGGUGAUAGUUAAUGAUGUCAUUGUGACUGCUAAUGACUGCAGUGAUAGGUUAAUGUUUUCCCAAAAUAUAAUAUUAUUUUGGCCACAAAACAUUUCACAUGGUCCGUAUUUUAAAUACUCAUAGAGAGCCACAGAGCCACCAGAAUUUCAUUCUCUGCACAUAAAUGCUUAGAUGGAACUAAAUGAAUAUAAAGUGUGUAUGAAACAGGCCAUCAUGUAUUGACAUUAAAACUGAGACCUAUAUUAAUUACAGAGGUUAAAACUGAAGGGAGAGACCAUAGGUGUCCAUAUAGUUCAGGAAAAUUAACAGUCUGUGCGGAAUUCACUUGUAUGAUUAAGCACAUUUGUGUGAAUUCUUACAGGUAUGAAUAUUUUAUGUUUUGGAGGUUUAAAAAAGACCACGUGUGACUAUCUGACCAUAUUAUGGGAGAAUGAAUACGGUGAAAAGUGAAAUUUCAAAAGAAACAUACCUAUCCAAGACCUUAAAAUAAGUCAUAAAAAAUAAAUGCUUGAUUGUUUUGUUGAGAUUGUACAAUAAACCAUAUUAAUUGAA